AGAUUUCAGAGUGACAUCCGAAUGAGAAACACUGACAUCUGAAUGAGAAACAGUGCAAGUAAUAAAAAUUUACGCGUGUGCAAGUGAAUAUAUAAGGCAGGGAUCAAGAACUGAGCCCAAUCAAACCAUUUCUCUUCCCUCUCUUCUCUCUGCAACGAUUUAUAUAUCAACAAAACUUCAAUAUCACUCAAAUAAACAACUUUUAGUCCCCCAGAAAAAUCCAUGGCAGAAGAAGCUGAAGAUUAUCAGAAACAAGAAGAGGGUUUCGUGAGAAAAAGCUCAACAUUGAUCUCCAUCCAAGAUGGAUCUGAUGAUCUCAAGAAUUUCUUCACAUGGGUUUUUCUUGAUCAAUCAAAUAUUUGGAGAACUGGUCUUUCAUGGUCCAUCUUCUCUCUUCUUGCUAUUGGUGUGCCACUUUUGUCUCAUUUUGUGUUUCAGUGCAAUUCUUGUGAUCAUAAUCAUAGAAGACCCUUUGAUUCCAUUGUUCAGUUGUCUCUCUCUUUUGUCUCUGUUCUUUCUUUCAUUAGUUUGUCUUCUUUUACAAGAAAAUAUGGGCUCAGAAGAUUUCUUUUUCUUGAUAAAUUGUAUGGUGUUAGUGAUAUUGUUCAGAAAGGAUAUGCUCACCAGCUUCAUAUCUCAAUGAAGCUGUUGUGUUCUUUUGUUCUUCCGUGCUUCGUUGCUGAUUGUAUGUAUAAGAUAUGGUGGUUCACCUCAGGGAGAAAUCAGAUUCCCUAUUUUUUAAAUGCCUUUUUGAGCAACACAGUUGCUUGUUUUUUGUUGCUAGCUUCGUGGUUGUACAGAACAUCAAUAUUCUUCCUCGUAUGUGUUCUUUUUCGAUUGAUAUGCUACCUUCAGAUACUCAGGUUGGAAGACUUUGCUCAAUUUUUCCACAAAGAAUCCGACGUUGGUUUAAUCUUGCUUGAACACUUGACAGUAAGAAGAAAUCUCCGUAUUAUAAGUCACAGGUUCCGAGUAUUCAUUCUGCUGACUCUAAUCUUGGUAACAGCAAGUCAGUUCGCUUCUCUGCUUGUUACAACGGAAACUGGCUCUGAAGUUAAUAUAUUUAAUGCUGGAGAACUUGCGUUAACCUCAAUGACCCUAGUGGCUGGGCUCUUCAUAUGUCUGCGUAGUGCUGCAAAAAUUACACACAGAGCACAGGCUAUCACAUGCCUUGCUACAAAGUGGCACGCAUGCUCCACAAUCAACUCUUUUGAUGACGUUGACAAUGAAACUGCAAGCUCUCAGUCUCAGUCUCAGACUAUCUCACCCAGGGUAAAUUAUAUUGACGGUCACUGGGGAUCUGACAAUGACGAAGGCGAUGAAGAUGAUAUAGACAAUACAGAUAUGACGCCGAUUUUCACCCAUACAAUAUCCUACCAGAAGAGACAAGCUCUUGUGACAUACUUUGAGAACAACAAAGCGGGGAUUACUGUGUUCGGAUUUAUGCUAGACCGCACAUCACUCCACACUAUAUUUGCUAUUGAGAUGUCCCUUACCCUCUGGCUGUUGAAUAAGACAAUUGGUAUUUCAUGAUCUUCUCCAUACACGAUGCUGAAAAUACCUUUAGUUUUCUUGUUUAGAUAUGUCUAUAGUCAAGAUCAAUUUAUGGUGUAACUGGCCUUGUGAUGAGAGGCACUUAAAACCUGUGUAAUUUAAUGUGUGUAUAUAUAUAUAUCAUAAAACAUGAUAUGUAUAUGUUGUACUCUGGCAGUCUGGCCUAGUAUUGUACUUAGUUGUGCAUGAAGAGAUAAGAGUGUAUAUUAUUAACAAUAUUGUUGAGAAGUUGAAUAAUCUGAGGCAGAAUUCAGAAAAUCGUAUACGAUUGAUUCA